UUUACGGCGCAGUCACGGUAGGUUGAGCCGACUGAGGUCCAUAGAAAUUUGACAGCUUCACAGGUGAGACAACCGUCCAGAGGCUGUUUCACUUUAGCUUCCAGGUUUUUUUUUUCUCUCGGAACUCUAUUCACUGUGAGCCUGGGGUUGCCACAGUCAAAAAACAACCAUUCGAAGUCUAAUCAUUCCGGCAGCAUGAGCAAAAAGAAAAAGGACUGGAAGACUGAAAAAGAGAGACUGCUCCAUCUAAGUUUGGAUGACAGGCGCAAGGAGUAUCGUCGUCAAGAUUUCAUUUCUCUGGACAAGAUACCAACCUGGAGAGAGAAAAACAGAUGUGAUGACCAAGAAGAUGGGAACGAGCUGACAGGCGGAGGAGGGCUGAGUGAUAAAGUAUCUCUUUACAAAGGAGAUAUUACCGUCUUGGAGGUGGAUGCCAUAGUCAAUGCUGCAAACUCCAGUCUUCUGGGAGGAGGCGGAGUUGAUGGCUGCAUACACAAAGCGGCUGGGUCCUGUCUGUAUGACGAGUGUCACUCGCUAAAUGGCUGUGAAACCGGCAAAGCCAAGAUCACCUGCGGCUAUGAUCUCCCUGCAAGAUAUGUGAUCCACACCGUGGGGCCGGUGGCCAGAGGUCAUGUGGGCCCUACAGAGACCAAUGACCUCACCUCCUGCUACCAGAACUCCCUCGACCUGAUGAAGGAGCAUGACUUGAAGACUGUGGCCUUCCCAUGUAUAUCCACAGGCAUCUACGGCUUUCCCAAUGAGCCUGCAGCUGACAUUGCUUUGAACACAGUAAAACGCUGGAUCGAAGAGAAUCCUGAUAAGAUCAAACGGGUCAUUUUCUGCGUCUUCCUCGAGACUGAUUUUGCCAUCUACAAGAAGAAAAUGUCUGUCAUGUUUCAAGACAAUGACAUGGAGGUUACAGAGGAGCCGCCGAAGGAAGAUAACACAAAACCACCUACCAAAGCAGCAACCGAGGAAGAGAGCGAGGACAACACCAGAGGUACAGAGGGAGGAGGUGAUGAAGAUAACGGUGACAAUGAUGUAGGUGAACCUCAAGAUGUGGAGAUGGAGAGUCAAAGUCAAGAUGGUGAUCCAGCAAACGCAGAGCAAAACCCAGAACAGCAUGACAGUAAGAAUGAAAUUCAAAAGAAAGAUGGCGAUAAAGCGACCGAUGGGGAUAAAGACACCGAUGUCGAUAAAGAGACCGAUGGCGAUAAAGAGACCGAUGGCGAUAAAAAGACCGAUGGCGAUAAAAAGACCGAUGGCGAUGAAGCGACUGGAAAUAUCAAUGAAGGAAGCCCCGCCCACGAUGAAAACAAAGGUCAAGAAACUGUUACCAACGACAAUACAAAGGGUAAGGAAGCGGAAGUGCAGCCUCCUCAAAUGGAAGUAAGUGUCGUGGACAAACCUGACGAAAAUAUGGAAGACUCUCAGACGAACGACACUGGCACCAGCAAUGGAGGAGAGACGAAGGAUCCCGUCGAGGACUCAGAACAAGCUGGUUCAACUCUAACUCAGUCCAAAGGCGCUGAGAAGAAAGAAUGACCAGCUGAAGGGAAGACAAUCAGCCUCAUCUGACAGCCAGCAAACUGUGCGAAGGUCACACUGGUGUCAGCCUGGCCCAUGUCAGUAUGGGCUCUGACACUGGCCCAGGAAAACCAGUUACUCACAAGAUGCUCACAUUCCCAACUUUACUUACCCUCCCCUCUCUUGGUUAAACUAUUCAUCCCUCAAAUAUGUAUGUACUAUAUGUAUAUGUAUGUACAAAACCUUACUUAUAGGACUUGAACAUAUCAACCAGAAAAGAUGAGCCAUACCUCACUGUGUGUUAGAGUCAUACAUCAUUCUGCCCGAAGGGUGCAAUGAGAUAAACCAGGUUCAAGUCUUGCUAUUUGAUAAACCCACUGUGAGAGCAUGGUGAAGCUGUCAGACGACAACAGCCACAGCUCCUACAUGUUGACACUCCCGGCUGGGUGAUGCUAAACAUCAACCAUCCUUUUUAGUUUUUACUGACGCCACCAGUACAGUCACGCUGGCACUCGGUAGUGGGACGACAGCCUGCAUUUGUAAGCUGCUUUGGAGUGCAACACACUGACACCUGCCAUGUCUCCUCACACACCGCCGCAGCUUCGAUUUCCAUUCUUUAGUCAGAUCGGCCAAUGCCCCGAUUCGCGUUGUGGUCUGUGAGGCGACGUGCCGCUUGCCAGGCCUUUCAUCUGAACAUCACUAAUCAAGUCUCAUCUCCGCUGCUGCCGUGACUGCAGCUUUAUUCAUUUUAACCAGGAAACUGUUCAUUAACGCCCGUGCAGAUAAACGAGGAUGUGAGUGUCUUUUCAACAAAUCGAUUUGAGUCUUCUUUUUUAUUUCCCCCCCUCCCCUUUCCUUUUUCUUUGCCAUUUCCAGUGCAUGCCAGGAAAUUGCUUUGAACUUCACCUACAUAAACAAGAAUUGCAGUCUUCUUCGCUUUCGCUUGUCUUCUUACCAGAUUGUCUAUAAUUGUAUCGAAUGAAUCUGCCUUAUUUCAUAUCAAAUUACAAAAAACCAUCACAAUCACAGACCUGAGGAGGAGAGUUCUUGGUUGUGUAUUGCUUGCAGAUGAUUUGUAUUUUUAAGUACAUGUAAUGGCUAACACCUGUUUUGUUUUUUCUUUCUUUAAUUUUUAAAAAAGGGGUUUUGGUUUCUUUCAAAUGUUGGUAUGAGUCAUUAAUUAUUUUCAGUGGUGCCAUACUAAAGAUCAGAGAAAUUACAGUUCUAAGAAAUGAUGCCUUCAUACUUUGAUGUUUGCUUUGCUAAAUUAUAACAAAAAAAAAACAACUAAUAAAGUUUAAGGUGGAAGCAAUGGGUCAGCUUUUAA